AUGUUGCCAACAAAUGAAAACGCAAGAAGUCGUGAAUAUUCUAGAAAUGUUAAACGGUUUUUUAAUGUUGUUGCAACAUUGUAUUUAUUUUUUUCUCGAUUUACUAUAUAUUUGGAAGAAUUAUGCGUCAGCGAUGAGUAAUAUUUGAAAUAUUUCUUUCUUUUGAAAUUAGGUUCCAGGACGAGCCGAAAAUGCCGGGUUUUAGUAGCGUUGGCACGUUUAAAAUUUUCAUCGGUAAUUUAGCCGACAAAACAUCAAAUGCCGAUAUUAAACCUCUAUUUGAAAAGUAUGGCAAGGUUGUAGAGUGCGAUGUGGUCAAAAAUUAUGGAUUUGUGCAUAUGGAGAAUGAAGAAGCAGGGAGAAAUGCGAUACAAAAUUUGAAUGGACACAUAGUUCAUGGACAGCCGAUCAAAUGUGAGGCUGCAAAGAGUCGCAAGGGACCUAAUACUCCCACAACCAAAAUAUUUGUUGGCAAUCUCACAGAUAAUACGAAAGCGCCCCAAGUGCGCGAAUUGUUUGCCAAGUAUGGUACCGUUGUAGAAUGCGAUAUCGUGAGAAAUUACGGGUUCGUCCAUCUAGAAGCAACAGGUGAUGUCAACGAUGCCAUCAAGGAACUCAAUGGACAAAUGGUGGAUGGUCAACCGAUGAAGGUUCAAAUUUCUACAAGCAGAGUACGACAAAGGCCAGGAAUGGGAGAUCCUGAACAGUGCUAUCGAUGCGGUCGCGGCGGCCAUUGGUCCAAGGAAUGCCCGAAAGGAGGAAUGGGAGGAGGACCGGAUAGAAACGGAUACAGAGACCGAAUGUUUGGACGCGACCCGUAUCCUCCACCGCCGCCACCACCGUUCCUUCGGGACCGGUUAAUGGGUGGUGGCCGCUUUGGAGAUUACGAAAGCUACUAUGACAGGAGAGGCUUCGAGGACACCAGGGACCUCUACGAGAGGCGGUUUACGGGUAUGACAGGGCCCUGUGACAUGGGAAGUUCCAUGUGCGGGCUUGACUUUCCACCAAUGACAAUGCCACCUCUACCUCCAAGACGAGACCCAAUGCCUCCUAUGCCUCCUCUAGGUAUGGGAUCCAUGCGCGACACUGGCUUCUCCCGUGGUAACGAGUAUGGCAUGUUCAGCCGCAGAUCACCCCCUCCAAGUGGCAACAAUGGCCGGUUCAGGUGAGUAGAGCCAAUGUUAUUGACUGCCCAUUCGUCCGACUUAACAUUGUGAACGUUCCAGGCUGGAUUGAGAGCUCAUGCGAAUUGGGGUUCGGUUAUUCGUCGACAUUUAACAAUAUUUACUUUAUCGUGCAUUUUAUUCUUUUCUCUUGUGUAUUCUCAAUCUCAUAUUUUUCAAAAGUUUAUCUCUCUCUUGAAUAUAUAUACGUAUAUAUCAUAUUAUUUUAUGGAAAAGUGGCCAUUUCUAA